CAAAGAUCACUUUCAUCUUGAGGGCUUCUCAUAAUCAUUUCUCCCUCUCAUGCCCCCCAUCCAGGGUUUCCCUUAGAAAUAACAGAAUAUGGCUCAAAAAAAAAAAAGCAACCAACCAAAAACAGAAUGGGGAAAGAUCUCAAUCCACAUUUCAUCAGACUAAUAAUUAGAUAUCGAUAUACAGUGUUACAUUUAACUCUACUCUUGGGGUGAUCUGGUUGGUCUCUGGUGGUCUCCCAUUCCCCCAUGUGUCUGUACAGUAAAGUAUAGGUCGCUCCUUUCUUGGCUGCCAUGAGGAUGAAGAUGGAUCUUUCCCAAGAAGUACAGCUCUUGGUGGAUUAUAGGAGCCUAGAUUUAGAGUGAGAAGAGACUUGAGGGACCAGUAUUCCCAUGUCCCUGCUCUGUGUCUAAGGCUUGGUCUCUUCUCUCUCCCUCAACUUUCCCUGUAGUGACUGUGUGGGAGGGUGGUCUCUGCUGUAAAUGCCCCUUAUCUCCUUUCAAAGAUACAUUCCAGGGUGAGCUCAAGAGUGUGGGCAUAAGAGACUAGCCUGGUCAAAGCUAUUGUCCCUGUUAUUAUUAUCCCUCUAACCAAAAUAAGUGAAAACCUCCGAGGCUUGGCUUGAGUUUUUAAUGGCUUAUUCAAGCUAAAAGGAACUGUAUACCUUGUACCCUUUUAUAGUGGGGUGGGGGGGGAGGAGUUAUGAUAGUAGCUGUCCUGUUAGUUACAUUUUAUCUAGUGUUUUAAGUGCUUUACUCUUUAUAUCUUUCAAGUUUCAUAAAAACUUGGGGAGUAUUAUUAUCACCAAUAUUUUUCAAAGAAGGAAACUGAGGCCCAGGCAGGAGAAAUGACUUGCUUGGAGUCAUCCACAUAGGAUUACAUACAUGAUCAGAGAGCUGGGAGAAACCUUUGGCCAUUUAGUCCAGGCUCUUCUUUUCACUGGAUAAAGUGACAUCCAGGGUGCCAGACAUGUGCGCGCAGCACUGCAUCUCCUUGGCCGACGUUCAGAAAGCCCGUUCGGAGAUCGGGGACGUCAUCCACGUCACCCCCAUCCUCACAAGCUCUACUCUGAGUCAGCUGGCCGGCCGGAGGCUCUUCUUCAAAUGUGAGCUCUUCCAGAAGACGGGGUCCUUCAAGAUCCGAGGUGCACUCAAUGCCAUCCGGAGCUUGACGUCCGCCACGUCAGGAGACAGGAAGAAACCCAAAGCCGUGGUCACUCACAGCAGUGGGAACCAUGGCCAGGCGCUCAGUUUUGCGGCCAGACUGGAAGGAACAUCACUCAGAGGCUAUCGAUUUCUCCAGGGAGGCGAUGGAUGUGGCAUAGGAAUUCCUGCAUAUAUUGUGGUCCCCAGAACAGCCCCAUCCUGUAAGAAAUCAGCAAUCCGGGGUUACGGAGCCACCAUAGUGGAUUGUGAGCCCAGCGAUGAGUCAAGAACAACAGUGGCAGCAAAAAUUGUGAAGCAAACCGAAGGAACUAUGGUACACCCCAACCAAUCCCCAGCUGUGAUGGCUGGCCAGGGCACAAUCGCUCUGGAAGUGCUGGAACAGGUUCCUACGGUGGAUGCCCUGGUGGUGCCUGUAGGGGGUGGAGGGAUGAUCUCAGGAAUAGCAGUCACAAUCAAGGCUCUGAGACCAGAGGUGAAAGUGUAUGCUGCAGAGCCCUCCAAUGCAGAUGACUGCUUCCAAUCCAAGCUUAAAGGGGAACUAACCCCUAACCCUUCCCCGCCAGACACUAUAGCAGAUGGGGUCAAAUCGAGCAUUGGCACCCACACGUGGCCUAUCAUAAGGGAUCUGGUGGAUGAAGUCUUCACUGUUACCGAGGAUGAAAUUAAGCAUGCCACCCAGCUGGUGUGGGAGAGAAUGAAACUUCUCAUCGAGCCCACGGCCGCGGUGGGAGUAGCGGCGGUGCUGGGCCGGCAGUUCCAGGAGGUGGUGCCCGCUGCACGAGACAUCUGUGUUGUGCUCAGUGGGGGGAAUGUGGACCUGCGGGCUCUGAGCUGGCUGAAGGGAUCAGAGUGUGAGGGGGCUCACCGUCCUCUGAGCUGUUAAGAGAUGCCUUUACUAAGCCCUGGCCCAGCCCACGCUUUCGCCCUCCCAAUCUCUUUCCUUGUAGAGAUCUGCUUAAUGCCAGUGUGGCAGCAAAAUGACACAACUGUCUCAGCCCGGGCACUUGGCCAAGGCAAGACUUGGCAUCCGCCCCCCCGAUGGCCCAGAGGCCCCUCCACAGCUCACACCUGUUCCUAAGGCUUGCUCACACCCCUUGUCAUUGCAUGUCCACCUCUGGCCCGGGGGAAGUUUCCUCUUUUGACCAGGGCAUGGGCUCUGGCACAUAGGGAUCAUAAGUCCACUUAGGGAAGACACGUUUGUACAGAUUCAUCAGCACGGUGUCCUGAGAUUUCAGCUGUCCAUCAAAUGUGCACUUCAUAUGGCCAUGAGUGCCUAGAGAGAAGAGAGCAAACUCAAGGAGACGGGCAUCUGCAAACUGCAGUCCUGGACAAGUCACUUCAGCUCUACCUCUGUCUCCUUAUGUAAAAAUCAAGGCGAGGCAGGCCUCCAGGACUCCCGAGGUCCCUUCCAGCCCUGGCUCCUCAGGCCUACUAGCUUACCCAAGCAGCAGAGCAUGGACAUGCCUGCCAGAGGAGCAGACGUGUUAAACCUAGCCCAUCCCAACAGCACACGUUCCCUCCCAGCUCUCUGGGUCAAUCUGAAGACAAAACUUUCUUACCUAAUGGCUCCUUGAUGUGUCCUCUGCGGCCCCACUUUGUCCUCAAUUCCACUGGUUUAAACCACAGCACAUCCUCUGACAUUAAAAAAGUCAAUCAAUGAAGAA